GUCAGGAAGCGUCGCCACGGACUGGGUGGAGAUUUACUCCUUCGUGAAGAACCUGACGGACCGGUUUGUGAGCCCCAGUAUGAGGGUCUCGUUCAUCGUUUUCUCGGCCCAAGCCGACGUGGUCCUGCCGCUGACUGGAGACCGAAACCGGAUCGAAGAAGGCCUACGGCGUCUGCGAGACGUCAAACCAGCAGGUGAAACCUACAUGCACGAGGGGCUCAAAGAGGCCUCGCUUCAGAUCCAGCAGCAGUCCAUGAAGUCCUCCAGCAUCAUCUUGGCUCUAACAGACGGGAAGCUCGCCGUUUACGUCCAUGAACUCACUGUGAAGGAGGCUGACGAGGCCAGGAAGUACGGCGCUCGAGUUUACUGUGUGGGCAUCAAAGACUUCGACGAGCAGCAGCUCGCUGAGAUCGCCGACUCCAAAAACAACGUGUUUCCUGUCAAAGAUGGCUUCCACGCUCUCAAAGGAAUUGUCAACUCUAUAUUAAAGCGCUCGUGCACGGAGAUCCUGAGCGUGCAGCCCUCCAGUGUCUGUGUGAACCAGUCCUUCGACAUCGUCCUCACAGGAAACGGCUUCACCCCCGGGCGCAGCAACGAAGGCGUCGUCUGCAGCUUCAUAGUUAAUCAUCAAACCAUACAUCAGAAGCCGACCAGUGUGCGAAAUGAUUAUCUCCUGUGUCCUGCUCCCGUUCUUUAUGAUGUCGGACAAACGAUGGACGUUCUUAUCAGCCUAAACAACGGCAAGUCUUUUAUCUCAGGUGCCCACACCAUUACUGCGUCCACUUGUUCUGAUGGGACGGUGGUGCUGAUCAUCUUUCUGGUGCUGCUGGCUCUGGUGGCGUUGGCCCUCAUGUGGUGGUUCUGGCCUCUCUGCUGCACAGUGGUCAUCAAAGACCCUCCGCCACCUCCUCCACCUUCUCGUCCCCCGCCACCUGGUCGCCUCGAUGCUCUGUGGGCUCUGUUGAGGCGGCAGUACGAUCGAGUCUCCAUCAUGCGUCCCACCUCAGCAGACAGC